AUGAUGAACCAACUCCAAGUUGCCGGCCUUGAGAGAGGUCUGCAGGCAGGGCUUUUGCACUCUUUCUCGACUGCGUUUACACUGGGCGUUCUGCUCCACUGGAGCAUCGUCCGGUUCGAGGUUGACAGCUAUGGAUGGCGGUUUGUCGGAAUUUAUUUGGUGUCUACAUCCGCUCUGUGGGCAUGUUACACUUCGAUCGGCCAUUUUCAGGCCUCCGAAGCAGCUUUUCGAACGGCGUUGGUGGCGUUCGCCUUUAAGCUUGGUCUUGCCACGAGCAUUCUCGCCUACCGUUUGAUCUUCCACAGGCUGCGGAAAUUCCCUGGUCCAAGGCUGGCCGCAGCCUCACGAUUUUACGCAAUGUAUCUGGCCUGCAAGAAUACCCAGCUGAGUGAUGAGGUGGAAAAGCUGCACAAGCAAUACGGGGAUUUUGUCCGCAUCGGACCCCGCGAAAUCUCUGUCAAUCGACCGGCCGCAGUACAGCUCAUUCAUGGGCCCCCGUCGGCGUGCAAGAAAUCACCAUGGUACGCCCAGGUCACGAACGACGUUACUAAAUGCUCCCUCAACUCUGUAAGAGUCUCGGAAGUCCAUCGGCAACGAAGACGAGCUUGGGACCGCAGCCUGGGCGUGAAAGCACUCGCGAAAUAUGAGCCUCGAGUCAAGGCCAAGACAGAUACUCUGAUUAGUCAAAUCCGGAAGUUGGAGAACAGUCCAGUCGAUGCGACUGACUGGUCAAUGUUUUUCUCUUUCGACGUCAUGGGCGAAGUUGGUCUCGGGAAGGAUUUGGAAACUCUGAAGUCGGGCAAGACGCACCCUACCAUCAAGGGCAUUCACGACUCCAUGUCAAUCAUUGGUUUGCUCACACCAGUUCCCUGGUUGUUGACCAUGCUUGCAGCAAUUCCUGGUGCGGCAAGCAAGCUCACUGCCUUUAUGAAUUAUUGCGCUGGGCAAGUGAAAGACAAGCAGAUGGAAGUGGACAAGGACGCUGAUCCUCAAGACAUCCUUUCUUACCUGAUUAAGGCGAGGUUCGAGAACGACAAGUCCGCACCGCCAGGUGAAGGUGCACUGCACGAAGAUGCCCGUCUUCUUAUCAUUGCUGGCAGUGAUACCACCGCCAAUGCUCUUUCCAACACGCUGAACUUCUUUGCUCGUAACCCACGCGUCCUCAAAAAACUCCAAGCUCUGCUUGAUGAAUACUUCCCGAACGGUGAUUCCGACUGGUCCUACGAAAAAGUCAAGCAAAUCAGCUAUCUCGACGACAUCAUUAACGAAUCUCUUCGUCUCCGUCCUCCUGUACCCAGUGGCCUGGGCCGCCUGACGCCUCCAGAAGGACUCCAGAUUGACGAAGUGUAUAUUCCUGGUGAUAGUAUUGUUUCUAUCCCUGCACAGACGCUGCAUCGUGACUCUCGGAACUACGACAACCCUCUGGACUUUGUUCCUGAAAGGUGGAGCGAUGGCAAAUUGAACCCAGAGACUGCUCCCUUCAUCACAUUCUCUCGAGGUGCGAUGAACUGCGCAGGCAAGCAGCUUGCCAAGCUGGAGCUUCGUAUGUUUUUGUCCCGCGUAGCUCUCAACUUUGACAUCAGCUAUGCCCCAGGUGAGACUGGAGAGAACUUCGAGAAGAAUCAGCAGGACACCUUUACUUUGACUCUUCCACCGCUGCCCUUGAUGUUCAAGUCGCGGAAAGCUUAA